AUGCCUCUUUUUUCCAUAAGCAUAAUUUUGGGGAUCCUUCCCCUUGGGUCCAGCCAGUUCCCUCGGGCGUGUGCUAACUCAGACAACUUGCUGAGGAAGGAAUGUUGUCCAACGUGGCCCGGAGAUGGUUCUCCUUGUGGAGAGCUUUCAGGCAGGGGUUCUUGUAGAGGGAGUCUCCUUUCAGUUGCUCCUCUCGGUCCUCAGUUCCCUUUCUCUGGAGUGGAUGACCGAGAGGACUGGCCGGCGGUGUUUUACAACAGGACUUGCAGGUGCUCAGGCAACUUUAUGGGAUACAACUGUGGCGAUUGCAAAUUCAACUUUGGAGGACCCAACUGCACGGAAAGAAAACUGCAGGUCAGGAAAGACAUCUUCAAGCUCAACGCCGGAGAAAGCUACCAGUUCCUUGCCUAUCUCAAUUUGGCGAAAUAUACCACCAGCCGGGAUUUCGUCAUUGCCGCCGGAACGUAUGCCCAAAUGAACAACGGCACCACCCCGAUGUUCCGAGACACCAGCGUCUAUGACCUUUUCGUCUGGAUGCACUAUUAUGCGUCUCGAGACACGCUUCUCGGAGGCGCCAACGUCUGGAGGGAUAUUGACUUUGCGCACGAAGCUCCGGGUUUCCUUCCUUGGCAUCGGCUGUUUUUGCUCCUGUGGGAACGUGAGAUCCAGAAACUUACUGGGAAUGAAGAUUUCACCGUACCUUACUGGGACUGGAGAGAUGCUGAAGGCUGCGACAUCUGUACGGAUGAGUACAUGGGAGGCAGACAUCCCAGUCAACCAAACCUAUUGAACCCUGGGUCCUUCUUCUCCUCAUGGCAAGUCAUUUGCACCCAAUCGGAAGAGUACAACAGCCGCCAAUCCCUUUGUAAUGGAACGAAUGAAGGGCCUGUCCUUCGAAAUCCUGGCAACCACGAUAAAAGGAGAACGCCUCGGCUUCCAACUUCAGCUGAAGUUGAAUUCUGCUUAAGUCUGACGCAAUAUGAAACCGGGACAAUGGAUAAAAUGGCUAACUUCAGUUUCCGGAAUACUUUGGAGGGCUUUGCAAGCCCAAGUACUGGAAUAUCCAAUUUGUCACAGAGUAGUCUACACAAUGCGCUACACAUUUACAUGAAUGGCUCCAUGUCUCAGGUCCAGGGUUCAGCCAAUGAUCCCAUCUUCAUCCUGCACCACGCCUUUGUUGACAGCAUUUAUGAACAGUGGCUCCGGAGACACAAACCCCUGCUUCAGGCCUACCAAGCCAACGCUCCUAUUGGACACAACCGGGGAUAUUUCAUGGUCCCGUUCAUUCCUCUCUAUAGGAAUGGGGAAUUCUUCAUUUCAUCCAAAGAAUUGGGCUACGACUACGAGUAUCUCCUGGAACCAGACACCUCUCCUUUUCAGACUUUCCUCACCCCUUACUUGGAACAAGCUCGUCAGAUCUGGCCAUGGUUACUCGGAGCUGCUGUGAUUGGUGCCAUAAUAGCAAUGGCGAUCAAAGGACUCAUCACACUAGGGACUCGAAAGAAGAAAAGAAACAUGGAAGAGACCCAGCCUUUACUCAUGGAGGAUGAAAAUUAUCCACACCUUACGUAUCAGUCACACUUAUAAAACCAUCCUGGCGCUGACACCUAACGCUAACUUUGUGAUGAAGAAGAAAAUCCGUGUUGGCAUGUCCCAAAAGUGCUCUUUCAAAAGGCAACUGGACUUCGUUUUUCCUUGAAGACAUUUUGCUUUCUCAUUUGAGAAGCUUCUUCAAAGCUGACUGAAUGGUGGAGGAUGGAAGGAUUCAUAUUCCUUGCGGUCAUCUGGUUGUUAGUACUCCCUCUGAGAAUCGCUGAGGCCACUUGGAGGCUUAUCUGGGUCAUCUGAACAGUACAAGUGGGUGUGGAGCCUUCCUGGAGCUGCUGAAAGGACUGUGUUGCAAACAGGAGAUAGAUGGUGUCGUAUCCUGUUUACAACACAGUCAGAAGGUGACAAAGCCAUUCAGUCAGAAUUGAAGAAGCUUCUUGGAUGAGAAGUGAAACAUAUUCAAGGCAAAACAAAGUCCAGUUGCCAUUUGAAAAAGCAUCAUUGGGACAGCCGUGACCUGGAGGACUGAGAAUCCCCAUAGACAUCUGUGAUGAUCAUCCUUUGAGGAUUUCCAAAGUUGUUGGGCAGUGUUCCUGUUUACAUAACAUUUUCCUACUCCAUAUUCCUCCUCCUCUACAAAAUAGCUGUCAUUGUGUGUGAUUCUUGCAUCAAGCCUCACUGGUGGAUUUCAAAACAGGUCAGAAACCCUUACAAUCCCCAUGGCACUAUGGACUGGCUCUCCUUCCUGAUGCCACUCCAUGUUAAAUUUUGAGAGAAGACCAGGCGAUCGCACAUCUGCUGGAUUACCAUUGACCUUGACUUAUGAAUCCAAAAGUUAUUUUAAGGUGCUAAUUGAAAUUAAAGUCCCUGAAAACUG